UGUCUUUUUAGUGUAUACUCCCAAUCUCAAAGAAGCUUUCGACGAUAACCCCCGGUCAUCACCAUUCACUAUCGAGCUCUGGAAGUCUUGGCAUGCGGCGAAUUUCCCCACACCCUGGGAGCUGCGAUUCGGAUCAACACCAACGCGAUAUCUGAUAGUGGAGCGAUCAUGGGCUCUAUAUCGAUUUCUACACAACGCGCGCCAGACCCCGAAAUAUUAUUAAGUGACGCACUUUGGAGAGAGAGGGUGCCGCACAUUAACGGAGAGAACCACUUCUUCUGGCCGUAUCCAACCCUAAAAAGGUUGAUGACACGGGAGACAAUCAUCCGGCAACUUCAUACCGUCAAGAUAGGACUGGAGGAUGCGGAAGCUUAUAGCAGCUUAAUUCUGGGCACCGAAAAAACCUCAUUUUUCCGAGUCUUUGCAAUACUAGUUAUCGUGGAGCGACCCGGCGAUAUUCAGGCUUUCAUAGACGCAGACUUGCAUGACGAAAGAUUUCCUCUGGUACAAGGAUCUGAGUAUCAUCUUACUGUGCAGAUUUGCAUGGCGAGGUUGGGGUGGUCUCAUAUGCAGAAAGACUAUUUCAACAUUAACCAACUUCGAUCGUCGCCGAGGUUCUUUGCACUGGGGGAGGAUUACGAAGCUCAGCACUACGAUAUACCCAAAGGACAGAUGCUUCCUUGGGUAUUAUGUAGAGACAGCUAUGGAUUACACGAAGAGACACUGUCUGGGGGAUGCGGAGAGGUUGUCAAGUACAGGAUUGACUCAGAAUCACAUGGCUUUUCCCCGUUACUCGAGAAGCUUGGCCUCUAUAAUAGCUUCGUUGCCGUCAAGUCUUUGAAAAACACAAACAGGAAGAAAGGCGCGUCGAACAAAGAGUUGAAAAUGCUCAAACGAUUCAGUGGCCUAGACCAUCCAAACAUCAUCACGCUUUUGGCUACAUACACUCUCAACAACCGGUUUCACUUCAUCUUUCCAGCUGCCGAAUACGAUCUACUUAUGUAUUGGAAAAUCCACCCCGGCCCGCUUGUUAACCCAGCUUCUGCCAACAGGGAAGGUCUCUUAUGGCUGUCGGGACAAAUUCGAGAUCUCUUAGCCGCCCUAGUACAUAUCCACCAAGGUCAAAAGAUUCAUCUGGAUACAGAAGCAAUGUUCGGCAGACACGGCGACAUAAAACCUGCCAAUAUCCUAUGGUUCAGAUCACGGAAGGAAAAAAGAGGUGUCUUUGUCGUUUCAGACUUUGGCAUUGCAGAUGCCCACAAAGAAGAAACCAGAUCCAUUAUUGCUGGAGCCGAUUUGCCUGUAACACCCAGGUAUCGAGCACCUGAGUGCGAUAUUCGUGAUGGCCGGAUAUCCAGAGCAUAUGAUGUGUGGAGUCUAGGCUGUGUGUUACUUGAAAUGACUUGUUGGAUCCUGGGGGCAAACGAACUCAGGGAACGAUUUAAAGAGAUCCUGGUUUCACCUUAUAUCACGGGGGUUAAGACCGACAUAUACUUCGAUAUUCACUGGCUCGGCCCUGGAGAGGGCUACAGACUUUGGGUAAAAGAACAGAUCGUCAACGUAAGUCUCCCAACUCAGGAAUUUGACACAAGCUCUUUCUGA